AUGACGAGCGCCGUCAACUGCGCUCUCGUGCUGAUCUUGUUGGUCCGAGCGGUACCAGCUCAAGACUACGAUGUAACGGACAUAAAAUGUACGUUCGCCAGCGGCGGAUCAGGGCUCCGCGAUUCCGUGACAGCGUUGCUAAGGAAGCCCGAGGGCUUCAGAGGAGCGCCCCUAUUCGCGGAUGACCGAAUGACGGACCCGCUCGCAGACCCCGUGUGCCAGAUACGACCGGAGCCCGAGGAUCCCACGGGUCUUCUCUAUAGGCUACGUAUCAUGGAUUUUACGAAAUGUGGUGUUUUGAAGAGAAAUGGUUUCGUGCAUGUCCGUGUGUGGUUCCCGCAGUUCCCGGGCGUGGUGAUGCAGUCCGAUCAGGAGCUGAUCAUUAUGUGCAAGCCGCCAGAGCCCACUAUCAUUGAGAAUAAGGCUGCGGGUUUCGCUGGUAGCUUUCCUCAUGGAGCUCGGGUAUCUGGCGUAGUUGAAGAAACUCCAGGGCGAUUAGAAUAUGAGGUGGCUUUGUAUAAAGAAGCUCCGCCUGUUUCCCGUCACAGUAACCAUUCCGUCGAUUUACCAGUUGAUCAGGCUGUUCCUAUCGGCACAAAGCUUCAGCUACGCGCCCGCAUCAAUCCCGACUCAGCAUGGCGGCACAUCAAGCUGUUGGAGGUAGCCGUAUCGCCCGACCCCGACCGACCGCACGCUCCUGGCGCUGUGCUUCUGGUAAAAGACGGAUGUCGCAACCGUGACUUCGCGUCGAUCAUACCCCACCAACCGGCGCGGUAUCGUGAGCGACACAACGAAGUGUUCCUGGACUUCGAGGCCUUCCUCCUGGCCUCCAUGAAGGAACGAUCUACGCUGUGGAUACAUUCUCAAAUCAAAGCCUGCAUGGACGCAGCUGACUGCCAACCAGAUUACUGUCUUGAUUUGUUUGAGCCUUCAGGCCAAGGACGUCGCAGAAGAUCGCUGCCCGAAGCUUCCAAUGCACAGAACGCAAGCAGUGCGGCGCUGACGGCGGACAAUGUCUCGACGCCAUUCACGCGGUUCAAGGAGAACCUGGAGUAUACGGUGGUGAUGCCCGGAGAGCUGUUCCACCGCACGCCACCAGAAGCCACGUGCGCCACCUCCAUGAUGCUAGCGGUGGCUCUUGGUGCCUUACUUUUUAUGUCCGCUUUAUUGAUGUGCUACCUCGCCACCAAACUUAAUUCAACAAUGUUGAAGAAUAACAACCUUCAGUCGCCUUCAGGGAAGGGAUUCGAACAGAUCCUGAGAGAACUCGCACACCAUACGAUUCCCGAAACAGGCUACACAGGUCGACCCACCGUUCAAUAA